AUGACACCACAACAACCAGCCACAAGGGGGCACACUAUUACCGACUUUGACACAAGAGUUCUUCUCUCUCUCUCCAGUCCGCUGGUCUGGAAACAGAAUCUAGCAACUCAACUGUUCGUGUGCACAUGGACAUGGUCAAGUGUGGUCGGUUGUCUUCGUGUGCACUGUUCCACGGUUAUAAUAACUGGCAAACAUGUCGGACUCAUUGGCAGAAAGCAUCGGCAGAGCAGUUCUGGCGGCUAUUCAAAACUUCUCUGCAGGGACGACAGCGACAGCAAACCCCACAGGGCUACCACAGGCCAGCUUGACAAAGAGCUGAGAGACACAUUUGGGGACAGAACUCUAACAAAGGAUGAGGAGGACUUCCUGAAGACUCUGAGCCCUGGUCACAUCCUGGCGUUUGCUACAGGGAGCAGCAAAGUCCCAGCCAUUGGUUUUCAUCCAUCUCCUAAAUUAAUAUUCAUUCAUGAUGACAACAAACAUCUUCCCAUUGCACACACUUGUGCGAAUGAGCUACUCCUUUUUGUGAACACAAAAACAAUGGCUGAUGAUGAUGAAUUCAACUACUACUUCCUCGUAGCACUAAUGAAUGGCUCUGUAUUCAGUACCAUUUAAACAAAUGUCAGGGUCUUACCUUUUUAUACUGGUACUCUGAAAACAGUUGUUAAAUCUCAAUAUCAAACGUUUGUGAUCUCACUUUUUUUUUACUAAGUAGUGUUACUAUGCAUAUUAAGGUACAUGUUUCUUAUAAUACAUUAAAAUUUGUUACUCAGGGUAAAAUUCAGGAAAAGAGUACUGCAAUGUAGUUGUCCAUCUUUUUUUCCACUUUAUUGUAGCACUU